AUGAAAUCGUUUCUAAAAACUUUGAAAGAAUCGCAAAAGCCUUUUCAGGCAACGUUACAAGCGUUAACUUCGACAAAUGCACAGCCGUUAACUUCGACAAAUGCACAAACGUCUACUUCGACAAAUGCACAGUCGUUUUCUUGUGACAAUAUUCCUGGUAUACCACAAAAUGGGAAUGAAUACUCUAAAUUAUUAGGUUAUUCUUUGUACUUCUUUGAAGCCCAAAGGAGUGGUGUUUUACCUGCAAAUAAUAGGGUACCAUGGAGACACAAUUCUGCGCUUACCGACGGCCAUGAUGUUGGACUAGAUCUCACAGGGGGAUAUUACGAUGCAGGCGAUUACUUAAAAUUCACAUUACCGUUAUCAUGGUCUUUAACGAUUGUGUCAUGGGGCGCUCUUGAGUGGUUUGAGGGGUAUCAAUUAUCAGGUCAGACUGGACACCUUUACGAUAUGGUCAAAUGGGGCACCGAUUGGUUGCUUAAAGCUCAUCCUUCACCCACCAUACUGUAUGUCGAGGUGGGUAUAGACACAGUGGAUCAUGAUUAUUGGGGUCCUGAUACCGGUAUGCCAUAUCCUCGACCAUCAUUCUGCAUUGAUGCUUCGCGUCAUGGUACGGAUGUAGCAGCAGAAGCUGCUGCUGCAUUAGCAUCGGCAUCUCUUUUGUUCCGUACAAAAUUUAAUCAACCAGACUAUGCCGAUUUGUUACUUCAACACGCCGUGGAUCUUUUCAAUUUUGCAGAGACAAAACCACAUCAAGUGUACACUGUUGCUGUUCCACAAGCCAAAGAAGCAUAUGAAUCCUCACGUUAUGACGAUAAAUUGGUUUUCGCGGCACUAUGGUUGUUUCAAGCAACCAAUCAAAUUGGUUAUUUAGAUAAAGCAAUACAUUAUUUUUACGAAUUUUCACAAGAUGAAUGGACUAGUGCAAUUAAUUGGGAUGAUCAUUCAGGCUCUAAUUAUAUUUUAUUUGCUAUGCUUACGGAAAGGGUAGGAAGAGAUUGUUCACCCUGGAAGGCAGAAGCCGAAAAGUAUUUGGAUGGAAUGGUGAACCAAAGGCAUAAAGAGUGUCAUCUUACAAAAGGUGGAUUAUUAUGGCUUAAAGGUGAUAGUGAUAGUGCUUCGUUAAAUGUGGCGCUUAAUAUUUCAUUCGCAUUACUUGUUUAUGCACGCCAUGCCACAACAUCAGAUAAAACCAAGUCAUAUACGAAUUUUGCGUUAUCACAAAUUGAUUAUUCGUUGGGAAGGAAUCCGCUGAAUAAAGUUUAUGUUGUUGGUGCACAUCAUAGUUCGCCAAAGAACCCACAUCAUGCCGGUGCAAGUGGAGGGACAGAUAUCGGGAAUAUACGUCAUCCGCCAGUGUCAAGAUAUGUUUUGUACGGCGCUGUUGUUGGAGGACCAGACAAAAAGGACAAAUAUAAUGAUGACAGGGAAGAUUAUGCCAGAUCAGAGGUGACAUUAGAUUAUAAUGCACCAUUUCAAAGUUUGAUGGCUUACCAAGUUAUGCAUGCUAAUUAUCCACCGCCAUAUCUCGCUUAUUAA